AUGACUCGUGUACUUUUGACCGGUGGAAAUGGCUUUAUUGCCGCUCAUGUACUUGAGGUUCUCCUAGCCCGGGGCCACUCCGUCGUCACCACCGUUCGUUCCCAGAGCAAGGCGAAUGCCAUCCAGCUAGCCCACCCGGGAAUCGCCAAUGACCGCUUGUCGUUUGCCAUUGUCGAAGACAUUGCCCAGCCCAAUGCUUUUGACCAAGCGGUGGUUUCGGACCCUCCUUUUGAGGCUGUCAUUCAUACAGCCAGUCCCUAUCACUUCCAUGCCAAGGAUGCCCAAGAGUUGUUGGCUCCAGCUAUCAUGGGUACAACCGGAAUCCUCAAGUCCGUGCAGGCAAAUGCGCCUUUCGUGAAGCGCGUGGUGGUGACCUCGUCUUUUGCUGCGAUCAAUGAUGUCUAUGCCUCGGGCGCCGGCAAGAUUUACUCUGAGGCGGAUUGGAGUCCCAUUACAGAGGCACAGGCAAAUGACAGCCCCGCCAACGCAUAUCGAGCCAGUAAAACCUUUGCCGAACGAGCUGCAUGGGACUUUGUAGAGAAAGAAAAGCCCGGUUUCACCCUCGCUGUCAUCAAUCCGCCCCUCGUCCUCGGCCCAAUCGUUCACAAUCUUACAUCCCUAGACGCCCUCAACACCUCCAACCAACGAAUCCGGGAUCUCCUAUCCGGCGCGGCUAAGAACCGCUGCCCCCCAACCGGAAACUACCUCUUUGUCGACGUCCGUGAUCUCGGCCUUGCCCACGUCCUCGCCGUCGAGAAGGAGGCAGCAGGCGGGAAACGUUUCUUCGCCGUAUCCAGCCAUUUCUCGAAUGCGGAGAUCUCAAAGAUCAUCGGCGAGGAGUUCCCCGAGUACAGCGAUCGUUUGCCCACCGGAGACGCUUUGAAGCCUGGCCAAUACCCCGCGGAUGGAGUAUAUGGGUUCGACAACACCCGUGCGAGAGAGAUUCUGGGUGUUCAGUUCCGGCCUUUGAGGGAAAGCAUCGUUGAUGCUGUCAAGAGUUUACUGCCUCUUGGUGCGGACAAAUUGCAAUAG